UGUUAUGGGUCCUGGACUUUACCUCCUUGAUUGGAGGGAUUACUACAGCAAUAAGUGACCUGCAAGAUGGAUCAUUAAGAGCAAAGGCUAUAGGUUAUGAUGUUUACCUGUUCAAAAAUAAAACCUCCUCUGAGUUUCAUAGUUUGCGGCUUUCUACGGGAAGCUCCGGCAUGGUUCCACGGUGUCUGCUUUGGUCCCUGUUCUUUGCUUCUGUCCUCCUGGUUUCUGGCAUGCCAACUCCUGAAAACUUUGUCAGAGAUGUAGAUGAUGGAAUUGAUCGGGACAUAUUCGAUAUCAAUAAAGAUUUGGGACUGGAUCUUUUUGAGGGAGAUAUCAGACUUGAUGAAACACAAAAUAGAAAUUCCAUCAUUGGAGAAAAAUAUAGAUGGUCUCAUACCAUUCCAUACGUACUGGAAGACAGCCUGGAAAUGAAUGCUAAGGGAGUUAUCCUUAAUGCAUUUGAACGCUAUCGCCUAAAAACAUGCAUUGACUUCAAGCCUUGGGCUGGAGAAGCUAACUAUAUAUCAGUGAUUAAAGGCAGUGGCUGUUGGUCAUCAGUGGGGAACAGGCACGUUGGAAGACAAGAACUUUCCAUUGGGACAAACUGUGAUAGAAUAGCAACCGUUCAACAUGAGUUUCUCCACGCGCUGGGAUUCUGGCAUGAGCAGUCACGCUCUGAUCGGGAUGACUACGUCAGCAUAAUUUGGGACAGAAUUCUGUCAGGCAGAGAAAACAAUUUUAACACCUAUAACGACCAAGUCUCAGACUCCCUGAAUGUCCCCUAUGAUUACACUUCAGUAAUGCACUACAGCAAAACUGCAUUCCAAAAUGGAACAGAGCCAACGAUCGUGACAAGAAUCCCAGACUUCAUGGAUGUGAUCGGCCAACGGAUGGAUUUCAGUGACUAUGAUCUCUUGAAGUUGAAUCGACUGUAUAACUGUUCCUCUUCCUUGAGCUUUAUGGACUCGUGCAAUUUUGAGCUGGAGAACGUGUGUGGCAUGAUCCAAGGUUCAGGCGGUCAAGCUGACUGGCGGCGGGUUUCGCAGGUUCCCUGGGGGCCCGAGAAUGAUCACUCCAACAUGGGCCAGUGCACAGGUUCUGGUUUCUUCAUGCAUUUUGACAGUAGCUCUGUAAAUGUGGGGGCCACAGCAAUGCUGGAAAGUAGAAUACUGUAUCCUAAAAGAGGAUUUCAGUGCUUGCAAUUUUAUUUAUAUAACAGUGGAAGUGAAAAUGACCAACUGAACAUCUACAUCAGGGAGUACUCUGCAGGCGCGGUGAACGGUACUUUAACCCUUGUGGAAGAAAUAAAAGAAAUACCCACUGGGAGCUGGCAACUUUACCAUGUAACAUUGAAAGUGACCAAUAAAUUUAGAGUGGUGUUUGGAGGAAUCAGAGGCUCUGGUGCAUCAUUGGGUGGUCUGUCCAUUGAUGACAUCAAUCUUUCAGAAACACAGUGCCCUCAUCAUACCUGGAAUGUAAGGAAUGUCACACAGUUCACUGGCAGCCCAAAUGGAACUCUAUUUAGUCCUCCAUUUUAUUCGUCUAAAGGGUAUGCCUUUCAGAUUCAGUUGACUCUAAACCAAUUGGAUAAUGUAGGGAUAUAUUUCCAUUUGCUCUCUGGAGCCAAUGAUGACCAAUUACAGUGGCCAUGUCCUUGGCAACAAGCCACGAUGACACUCUUGGAUCAAAAUCCUGACAUUCGACAGCGUAUGUCCAACCAGCGGAGUAUAACUACAGACCCAUUUAUGACCACCGAUAAUGGAACCUAUUUUUGGGACAAGCCUUCCAAAGUGGGAAACGUGGCUUUUUUCCCUAAUGGAACUCAGUUUAGAAGAGGUACGGGCUAUGGAACCAGUGCCUUUAUAACCCUUGAGAGGCUGAAAAGCAGAGAUUUUAUAAAAGGAAAUGAUGCUUAUAUCCUAUUGACAGUGGAAGACAUAUCCCACCUUAAUUCUACACAAACUCCGCCAAAUCCCACUUCUGGCACUGAUGACCACUGCAGAAAUGUCAUAUGUGAGAAUGAUGGCGUCUGCACUGUCCAGAAUGGCAAAGCUGAGUGCAGAUGCGUAUCCGGGACAGACUGGUGGUACAUAGGAGAAAGGUGCGAAAAGAAAGGCUCCACUAGAGACACCAUCAUCAUUGCCACCUCUUCCACUGUCGCGGUGUUUGCCGUGAUGCUCAUAGUCACCCUCGUCAGUGUCUAUUGUACCAAGAGGAGAUAUCGUAAAAGGACAGGUUCAAAUACAGCAAAUGUGGUCACGGAGAAUCAACAUGCUUUUUGAAGAUUAACUCAACAAUACGGCCCGCAAAUGAAAUGAGAAAGGACUCUGUCAUGGAUUUCACCUAAAAUAUAUUACAACCAAGAGAAACGCAGUUUUAAAUAUUUGCCAUUGCCUCAUUCUUCUAAAAAUAGAUCUUCCCUGUGAAUAACUGGAUUUACUAUAAAUCAUUAUUUUGGUAAAAGUUAAAUUGGUGAAAUGUUGAUUUUUUUCUUUCUUUUUUGUUUUUUAACGAGGGGAAAGUAUUCAGGUUCCUCCUGAGUUAAGUGUUGUUUAUAAAAGGGAGAGCAGCAAUUAGAGAGGGCUUUCCAGAUUAUUGGACCUUUCCCUGUUUGGGGGCCAGGUGUAGUGGCUUCACAAGUGACGCCCAGAAGCCAUGGGGACCCCAGUGGGAAACACGCUCAGCGGGAAGGCUGUGUGUGCUGGUCCUGUCUCGGGGCAGUGAGGGGCCACGGGACAGCUCCCUUCUCCUCGGUGCACACACGCACCUUUCUCUAAAAUAGGCUACGUCCCGUUGUCUUACAUAAUUCCUUUGGUACAUAAGUUGAUUUAGAAUGUGUUUGAGCAUACAGCUACAAUCAACAAGAACAUUUUGAACUCCUCAAGCAGCGAUUCUCAAAGUUAUUUCUCAAAGAAAUGUA